ACGUGACUGUCGCGUUGACUCGCGUAACCUCGCGACUUCCUGGCGGCAGUUUCAGAGCUUCUAGACGAGACGUUUGAAUCGCAAACAUUAUAUCACAACUAAACAUUUAUAAACAAAAAAUCACAAGCUCAAGACACACAAAGAUGAGUUCAGAUAAUGACGGGCUUUCUUCAGAUGUUGAUCCUGUGGCAACAACUAGCAACCAACCAGAACCAUCAGCUAUUGAGGGGGUGACACCCACACGUUUAUUAAAAAUGAAAGAAAUAAUGGAAAACCAAUGUUUUGAGAUGAAUGUUAAAGUCAGCAUGGGAAGACACAAGGGAUCAUGUGAAGAUGCAGAUCUAUCCAAAUAUGAAAGUGAAAUAGAGCAGGCAAGGCUCUCACACUUCAAUAAAACACUGGUAUUAAACAGAAUGCAGAUUUGGAAUGCCGUCAUUGACAAGAUCAUUCAGAAUGACGAAGAUGCUCAGCCACUGAAGGCAUUGACUGAUGAGAACACAGAGCUAUGUGAACAGACCCUGAAGAUUUUAAAGGAAACACGAGAACUUCAGGACCAGAUUAUAGAUCUCCAAAAGGAAAGACUUGAACUUAAAGGACAGAUAAAGAAAAAAAUGCAAGAGAUAAACGAGUGGAAACAGGUGAAGGAGAAUCAAGGAGAAGUACAGCAGAGAGCCAAAGAACGAGCUGAAGCUGUGCUGGAGAAGUAUCAGAAGGUCACCACCAUUUUACAAAAUGUGCUGCGGGGAAUUAUACUUGCCAGUAAAGUGAACUGGAGAGAUGACCCUAAAUUAAAAGACAUCGCGAUGGGACUGGAAAACAUACCUAACUGAAGAGGACCUAUUUCAACAGUUCUCCUGUCAUUGUAAAUACUGUGUGUAUAAUGUCAAUAUGGGAUAAAACUUGCUGUUUAUUGUUCCAAGGUCAUUCAAAAAUGUUCAUUGUUGUUUUCUGGGCAUUUUUUA